CCACUGUGGACGAGAAAGUUGCCGGGAGGGGUGUUUGCUGGCGUAUUUCCGACUCCGAUGCCGACGCAGUUACCUAGAGAGAAGCACACGCUAACUUUGUUAAGCAUGGAGGAGCCGGUAAACCAUUCCUUCUAAUAAUUCACAGCAACUUUUAAUGCCAAAUGACCGUUUGUCUAAUGCGACCGACUCGAGUAGGAGGCGUGGUGAGACACCUUCGCGGCGAAAUGCAUCUGUCAACUUUCUGUGUUUUUCAACCCCCGUAUCAUCUUCGUGGCGAAAUGGAAUUACAGUUGGAAUCUUGUGUUUCGUCAACCUCAUCAACUACAUGGACAGAUUCACAAUAGCAGGGAUCCUGAGCGACGUGCUGAAGCACUUCGACAUCCAGAACGCGAAGGGCGGGCUGCUGCAGACGGCCUUCGUGCUCAGCUACAUGGUGUUCGCGCCGCUGUUCGGCUACCUGGGGGACCGCUACAGCCGGCGCGCCAUCAUGGCGUUCGGCGUGUUCCUGUGGAGCCUCACCACGCUCGUCGGCUCCUUCAUGGACAACUAUAAUUGGUUCCUGGUGUUCCGCACCCUCGUGGGCAUCGGGGAAGCCAGCUACUCCACGAUCGCGCCCACCAUCAUCAGCGACAUGUUCGUGGGCGACAUGCGCUCCAAGAUGCUGGCGCUCUUCUACUUCGCCAUCCCCGUCGGCAGCGGGCUGGGCUACAUCGUGGGCUCGGAGACGGCCAAGGCCACGGGCCACUGGCAGUGGGGGCUGCGCGUCACGCCCUUCGUGGGCUUCGUGGCCGUGCUGCUGAUCCUGCUCGUGAUGGACGACCCUGCGCGCGGCGAGAGCGAGGGCUCCGCGCACCUCGCGCCCACCUCCUGGCGCGAGGACAUCGCGCAGCUCUGCAGGAAUCGGACGUUCAUGCUGUCCACCGCUGGCUUCACAUGCGUGGCCUUCGUGACGGGAGCGCUCGCCUGGUGGGGCCCCAUCUUCAUCUACGAGGGGCUCAGGUUGCAGCCAGGCACUGAAGAUGUUCAUCUCAGCGAUGUCUCUUACAAGUUCGGCAUCAUCACAAUGGUGUCGGGGAUCAUAGGUGUUCCUCUGGGCUCGUUCUUAGCACAGAGGCUGAGACCGCGCUUCCACAGCGUGGACCCGAUGAUCUGUGCCGUGGGUCUGAUCUCGAGCAUGCCCCUCCUGUUUUGCGCUAUGUUGUUUGCCGACAAGUUCGGCAUGUUGUGCUACUUUCUGGUAUUCUUCGGGGAACUGUUGCUGAACCUCAACUGGUCCAUAGUGGCGGACAUCUUGCUGUACGUGGUACUGCCUACGAGACGGGCCACAGCCGAGGCCUUCCAGAUCCUGUUCUCCCACGCCCUGGGGGACGCGGGGAGUCCGUACCUCAUCGGAGUGAUCUCGGAGGCGAUCCUGAGCUACCUGUCGGGCGGUGGGGCGGGGGGGGAGGCGGGCGCGGCCCUCAACGCCACACUGCCCGGCAACGGCACGGACGUGGUGGGCGUGCGCGACCCCCAGGAUGCUGCCCACAGCUUCCACAGCCUGCAGUACGCCCUGUACAUCACCUGCUUCGUGGAGGUGCUGGGCGGCCUCUUCUUCCUGCUGUCGUCCUCCUACGUCGUGGCCGACAAGACCAGGGUGGAGAAGGAGACCUCGGCAACUCCACAGCUGCAGAUUCACGAAGCAGACGAUCUGUCCGGCGACCACCACGAGACGCUAAUGCGCAAGCACAUAGUGGACGUCGAGUGAAAGUUGAAUGUGCACCUUGUAUUUACCCUGAAAAAAAGAAUGGUUUGAGUGUUUUAUUUGUGAUUAUGGAAGGGGUGGUUACUGUGCCAAUAAGUGUUUAGUGUGUGUGAUGGAGGACUGGUGAACAGACUUAGUGUACGUAGAGCGAGCGGAAGUCAAGACUGUGUUGCAGUUCGUUUGGAAGCGACGUUAUCAUGUCGCUGCUUCUCGACCGCUGUGGAGACUUUUGACUUGCAUGAAGCAAGUUGCUGAAAGAGCAUUUGCUGAGAGUCCGCAGUUGACGCUGGCUUCGUUAUGUAAAGAGAACCCAGUAUUUACAGCACAGGAGAAACUGAGAUAGCCUUCUGAAAAUUGGAAUCUUGAAAUACCUAUUUAUCUGUGCAAUUUUCAUUAUCUUGCCAUUUUAAAUUGUGCAAAUCAAAAAAAAAAAAAAAAAAUCUAAAUCUCUAUUUUAAGAUGAGUAAAGCUACUAAUGAAAACUCAAUAUUCACAAUCUGCAGUGUGGAAUGUUUUUAGGGCCUUGUAAAACACUGCGUCGAAAGUAAUGUAGGUGGUGUAUUUUAAUGUUUAUCAAAUUGUCUUUGUGUAGAAUUUAUUUUGUAAUAUUUGUAUGAUAGUUCCUUUAUAAUGGGCCUAUUUGUAACUCUGUACGUCACAAGAGUUUUUUUGUUUAUAGCUGUAUUUAAGUGUGUUAGGGUGAACACGUUUGUUGUGUGGGUGAAUUUAUAUGUUUGAAAAUAUUUAUUAGCAUAAAUUGAAAGUGGAACAAUUCUUGGGUUGCAUUCUUCAGGUCAUGCAAUGAACACUAAUUAUUUUUACAUAUCAACAGCUAGCAUGCUGUAUGUUGUUCCUAACUCCGUAACUAAAACAUUGAAGGUUGGAAUAAGUUGCAGCUCCCUUAAAAAUAAAUAUAUAUUUUUAACUUUCACCCAAGUGAAUGUUUAUUACUUUAAGACUGUUUUCCUAAACUGUCAGUCCUGAUUGUUCCUGUUCUUAUUAAGCAUUGCUGUUGCAUGUACUUCUGUUUACCAUAAAUGUUAACUUAAGUUAAUGUAGUUGGCAUAUUAAUAUAAUACACACCUCAUUUGAAAUAUUAGAAGUUAUUUUUUAAAAGUAGUACAUCAACAGUUUUUUUUGUAGAACUUUGUGGCUAAAAGUAAGUUUUUAAGAUGCAACCUUUAAAAUCAUUGGAACAGUCAUUAUCUUACAAUCAAAUAAAAAUUGUCAUUAAAAAUUAAGAACCGUAACAAGAAACUCAUCCAUUAUUGAAAACUGAAAAGUAUUAAUACAUUUUAAUGCAGACUUUACUUAAAAGUUGAGGAACAUGUAAUUUGUUACUACAAAUUUUUAACUAAAUUUUUCUUGCUCUACAGAUAAAUCUGAUUUUCAGUUUCGUAAUCUAAUUUUAUGUUAAUAUUGUAAAUAGCUUACUGAGAAUUGUGACUGUAAUAUAUGGCCAGCGUUAUUGUUUUGGAAGCAUUUUAAAAUUAAAUAAACUUAUCAAGUUAUAAUAAAGCUAAAAAUUUUCCAGGCUGGAGACUGAAGUGUUAGUAUUCAUGUUUGACUGUGUACUGUAUUUUAUUACAGUGUGUGUUGUCAGAUGUUUGUCAGAAUUAGCAGUUAUGUGAAGCAUGUAUGCAGACUUAACGGUAAUGUUACUGGUGUUGGUGCAACACUGCCACCUUAGUUGGGUACAAGACUAUAGAGAGAAUACUUUCAUAUUUUUAUAGCAUAUAUAUAUAUGUACCAAGACUUUAUACAUUCUCUCUUCCAUAGACAUUGUAUGCUACCAAACUACAUCACUGAAAAAAAAAAAAAAAAAAUGUACUGUAAUUGAGAUGCUUUAAAUAAAUUAAAUUUUUCUAA